AUGGCCCAAGAAGUCCACAUCGUCGCCACCCUGGCCCCGAAAGCCGACAAGGUCGACCGUUUCAAGGACCUGAUGAGCCAGAUGUGCAAAGACGUCCACGCCAAAGAAGAAGGCUCCACGCACCGCUACAUCUUGACCGAGCAGCUCGGCACGCCGGAGGGGGAGCCGAAGUUCGUUAUGGUUGAGACGUACAAAGACAAAAACGCCGCAGACAGCCACACGCAGACGGACCAUUUCAAGCAGCUUUUUGGGGUGAUGGAGAAGGAAGGGUUGUUGAGGGAGGGACCGUGGUUGGCGCAGACGGUUAGUAAGGCCGGGUUUGAGAGGGAUAGGAAGUUGAUCUGA